AUGUCUCACUGUAGAAAAAUGGGCCAAGACGGCAAAGACUUAGUAAUUUUUGCUACCAAAGAAGACCAUUCUGUACCUAGUAAAAUAUCCUUGCCACCACCAGAACCUCAACCAGGAUUAAUUUUAGCCAAUGGUAAUAUCAAUUGGAAUUGUCCUUGUUUAGGCGGUAUGGCCACAGGUCCUUGUGGCGUUGAAUUUAGGAAUGCUUUUAGUUGUUUUCACCAUUCAAAAGCUGAUCCAAAAGGUAGUGACUGCCUAGACAAAUUCAAAAUAAUGCAAACUUGUAUGCAAAAGUUCCCUACUUUGUACAAUAGAGACCUUACUGAUGAUGAUGAUAUGGCCAGUAUGGUCGAAGCUGAACAAACUGCUGUAGAAGAAGCAGCGCCUGCUAAUGAAGAGGCUCCAGGAACAAGUAAUAAGUAA